CACACUGCGUUCACAUAUUAUUAAUAAUAGUAUAAGAUUUAUUAACCAUUUGAGUGUUUAAUAUAUUGUAGGCAGUUAUUUAUGAACCAGCCAACAAUUAAUACAUUUUAAUAUAAUAUUAUAUAUUUAGUGUUAUUAUUUUAUUAAAUUUGCAGCAUACUUUCAUCGUCGGUCGAUGGCCAUGAAAUCUUCGUUCUCUUGGCAAACAUGUCUUUGUUUCAUUUACGGAACGGGCAUAAUGUGCAAUCCAUUAACCGAAAAACGUCAAACUGUCUCAUGUUCAGUGUGGAAACAUGUUCAGCUGUACAAAUAAGGAGUGCGUUGAUCUGGCGUCAAUUUGCGAUGGACUCGCAGAUUGUUCAGAUAAGUCAGAUGAAACCCAAAGUCUGUGUGCUUCAUUUUUUAAAACAUGUCCGGGAUCUGCGUUUCGUUGUAAUUACGGUGCAUGUGUAAGUAAAAAUUCAAAAUGUAAUGGUAAGUACGAUUGUGUCGAUGGAUCAGAUGAAAAAUUACCUGAAUGUAAAAAACUAGACUUAAGUAUUUCUUCAAGCCCUACAAGACCGCAACAAACUCAAGGAACUAGUCAGGCUAAAUGCAUAAAUCUAGAGGAAUACCGUUGUUCAUCUGGCCAAUGUAUAGAUAUAACAUCUAUUUGUGAUGGAACUUUAGAUUGCAAUGACGGAUCUGACGAAACAUCAGAAUUGUGUAAAUCAAGGGUGUGUCCAACGAGUACGUUCAAGUGCAAGUAUGGUGCCUGUAUAAGUAAUCGAAAAAAAUGCGACGGUUUGCAGCACUGCGCUGACGGUUCCGAUGAAGCAGACUGCAAUGGAAACCCCAAACCUUUGCCAUUAUUUAACUUAACCUCGCAAAUCAUGCAGAGGCCGACCACAACAUCUGCACCGCAGUAUCAAACUAGUAGACCAACAACGCAGACCAAUAAUGUGAGAUCAUGCAUGGUACCAUAUAUCGAGGGCACUGUGUAUUCUUUAUUCGAAACCGAAUCAGAUCAAAAUCCUUCUUUAUCACCUGGGUCAUUUGUUGGUCCGAAUACCGUAAUUGAAGAGAGCUGCGUAGAAGGAUAUUAUAAAACUACUUCUAAUAGAAUUAUAAUUUGUUCAGGAAAUGGAAAUUGGAAACCAAAAGUUGAUAAACUAUGUUUGAAAAGAUGUCCAUCCGUGUUUUCGGACAGUUUAGAUAUCGAAUGUAUUUUCAAUGAUAAAAAAGAUGAUUGUUCAAACCCAUCAAUACCGGGCACUAUAUUAACACCAAAAUGUAAAGUCACGCACACUGUACCAAAUGGACAAAUAGAGACACCAAUUAAAUUACGUUGUCAACAAGAUGGGAAAUGGAGUGACCGACUUUAUACAUGUAUCCCAUAUUGUGGCCGACCAUAUACUCCAAACCAAGCAUUGAUUCUUAAUGGCAUUGAAGCUAAAUAUGGGUCAGCACCUUGGAAUGUUGGAGUAUAUCGAAAAUCCACCAAAAAUAAUUUUAACAUGAUAUGCGGAGGGUCACUGAUUGCUACAAAUUUGGUUGUAUCCGCUGCACAUUGUUUUUGGCAAGAAAAUUUGACGAGUAGAAUAUUAUUAAAUGAUGGUACGUAUAAAGUUGGCGUUGGAAAGUAUAAGAGUGACAUUACAAUUAAAGACAAUGAAUUUACCCAGAUUGUCGAUGUGGGAUUGAUUUACUUGAGAGAAGGUUAUUAUGGUUCAUCCGGAUAUCAUGCUGAAGAUCUAGCUAUUAUUGUGCUAUCAAACAAAAUUACACUUAGCGAUGUAGUUUUGCCUGUUUGUGUGGACUGGUCUAAAAAAUAUUCGGUUAUAAAUGGAUCUAUUGGAAAAGUUCUCGGCUGGGGGAAUACAGCAAAAAUGGUAGGAAGUUCUGUUUUAUUAGAAGCUAAUAUACCAUAUAUCGACCAUCAGACUUGUCGGAAUAUGUACCAAAAUGGAUUUCAAAUUUUCGUUACUGUUGAUAAAUUCUGCGCCGGCACUAAAAGUGGACAAGGAGUUCAUCAAGGUGAUAGUGGUGCCGGAUUUACCUUGGAACAUAGCUCUUUACAUUUUUUAACUGGAGUUGUGAGUGUAAAGGACGCUACCACAAAAGAUUCAAUCGCAGUUUUUACAGACGUUAGUCGCCACGUUACAUGGAUUCAUGAAAUUUAUAAUAAUUAUACUUAUGCAAGUAACAGUUUUUCUGGGUCUAUCAGAUAGUGCAGUAAAAAUAACUAAUAUAUUAGUAUAUAUAUAUAUAUAUAUAUAAAUGACUUUAUAUAUUACUUUUAAAAGUAUAUUUUACCAUCAAUAAUUUGAUAUUAAACUCAGCAUUUAUAUAUAUUUUUUUUACCUUUGUUAAAUUUGAACUUUUUAUACAUUUUGAAACAUUGUAUCACAAACACAAAUGAAUGAUAUAUUAUACACUUGUAUUGAAUUCGCUAAAUUAUAAGUUGACCUUUUGUGUCAAUAACUGUAUAUUGAUUUCUAAUAAGUAUAGGUACAUAAUAUAUAUUAUAUUUUUUAUGUUUGGU